GUGGCUAGCCCCUUUCUGCUGAAAAGUAAAGCAGCAGCGAGCUUGCGGGCCGUUCUGCCGCUGUCCCUCCUGCUCCGGGACGAUGCAUCCUUGCGUUGGCCUGCGCGGCCACAGGCGGGGACUCCGUUUCUGGAGCUAGGGCGGAAACUUUGUGACUUUUCUUCUCCCGACAACUGAACCAUGCCAUGUGCUCAGAGGGGCUGGCUCGCGAACCUCUCGCUGGCGCUGGCUCAGCUCCUCGCCUUCGGGGCUCUUUGCCAUGGCAGGCAGCCGCAGGCAGGCCCGCUGCGCUUCCCCGACCGGCGGCAAGAGCAUUUCAUCCAGACCCUGCCAGAAUAUCACGUGGUGGCUCCCGUCCGAGUAGAUUCUAGCGGGCACUUCCUGUCCUAUGGCUUGAACCUUCCUGUCUCCAGCAGCAGAAGGAAAAGAGGCUUGGAAGGCUCCGAGGACUGGGUGUACUAUAGAAUUGCACAUGAAGAGAAGGACCUGUUCUUUAAUCUGACCGUCAAUCGAGGAUUUCUUUCCAAUAGCUACAUCGUGGAGAAGAGAUACGGGAAUCUUUCCCAUGUUGACAUCACCACUUCCUCGGGCCCCCCUUGCCAUCUCAGGGGCACAGUUCAGCAGCAGGGCAACUCAGUCGGGACUGCAGUCCUCAGUGCCUGCCACGGUCUGACUGGAUUUUUCCAUCUGCCACAUGGAGACUUUUUCAUUGAGCCUGUUAAAGAGCAUCCAUUCGCCAAGGGAGAAUACCACCCACAUAUCAUUUACAAGAGCCAGAAGCAGAGAGGUACAGAGACGAAGGAGCCAACCUGCGGAUUAAAGGACAGUCUUGGCACCUCAGGGAAGCAGGAGCUUCGGCGAGAGAAGUGGGAGCGGAACAACUUGCCCAGUAGAAGCCUUUCCCGGCGCUCCAUCAGCAAGGAGAGAUGGGUGGAGACGCUGGUGGUGGCUGACACGAAGAUGAUUGAGUACCAUGGGAGUGAGAAUGUGGAGUCCUACAUCCUCACCAUCAUGAACAUGGUCACUGGGUUGUUUCAUAACCCAAGCAUUGGAAAUGCAGUUCACAUUGUUGUGGUUCGACUCAUUCUCCUUGAGGAAGAAGAGCAAGGGCUGAAAAUAGUCCAUCAUGCAGAGAAGACACUGUCCAGCUUCUGCAAGUGGCAGAAGAGCAUCAACCCCAAGAGUGACCUCAACCCUGUCCAUCAUGAUGUGGCUGUCCUUCUCACCAGAAAAGACAUCUGUGCUGGUGUCAACCGUCCUUGUGAGACCCUGGGUUUGUCUCACCUGUCAGGAAUGUGCCAGCCUCACCGUAGUUGUAACAUCAAUGAGGACUCCGGACUCCCCCUGGCCUUCACGAUUGCCCAUGAGCUGGGACACAGCUUUGGUAUCCAGCAUGAUGGCAAAGAAAAUGACUGCGAGCCCAUGGGCAGACAUCCGUACAUCAUGUCCCAUCAACUCCAGUACGAUCCCACCCCGCUGACCUGGUCCAAGUGCAGCAGAGAGUACAUCACCCGCUUCUUGGACCGGGGCUGGGGGUUCUGUCUUGAUGAUGUCCCCAAAAAGAAAGGUUUGAAGUCCAAGGUCAUUGCCCCUGGAGUGAUUUAUGAUGUUCAUCACCAAUGCCAGCUGCAGUAUGGCCCCAAUGCUACCUUCUGCCAGGAAGUAGAAAAUGUUUGCCAGACACUGUGGUGCUCAGUGAAAGGUUUCUGUCGCUCUAAGCUGGAUGCUGCAGCAGAUGGGACCCGAUGUGGCGAGAAGAAGUGGUGCAUGGCCGGCAAGUGCAUCACAGUGGGGAAGAAACCAGAAAGCAUCCCUGGAGGCUGGGGCCUCUGGUCACCCUGGUCCCACUGCUCCAGGACCUGUGGGGCUGGAGCCCAAAGUGCAGAGAGGCACUGCAACAACCCCGAACCAAAGUUUGGAGGGAAAUAUUGUACUGGAGAAAGAAAACGCUAUCGCUUGUGCAAUGUCCGCCCCUGCCGCACCGAUGUACCAACGUUUCGACAGAUGCAGUGCAGCGAAUUUGACACCAUCCCCUACAAGAACGAAUUCUACCACUGGUUUCCUGUUUUUAAUGAAGCAAACCCUUGUGGGCUCUACUGCCGACCCAUAGAUGGCCAGUUUUCUGAAAAAAUGCUGGAUGCUGUCACUGAUGGAACCCCUUGCUUUGAAGGUGGAAACAGCAGAAAUGUCUGUAUCAAUGGCAUAUGUAAGAUGGUCGGCUGCGACUAUGAGAUCGAUUCCAAUGCCACAGAGGACCGCUGCGGUGUGUGCCUGGGAGACGGCUCUGCCUGCCAGACUGUGAGGAAGAUGUUUACACAAAAAGAAGGAUCUGGUUAUGUGGACAUUGGUCUCAUUCCCAAAGGAGCAAGGGACAUACGGGUAACGGAAGUCAAAGGUGCUGGAAACUUCCUGGCCAUCAGGAGUGAAGACCCAGAAAAAUACUAUCUCAAUGGAGGAUUUAUUAUCCAGUGGAAUGGGAACUAUAAGCUGGCUGGGACUGUCUUUCAGUAUGACAGGAAAGGGGACCUGGAGAAACUGGUGGCCCCUGGCCCCACCAAUGAGUCCGUGUGGCUCCAGCUUCUGUUCCAGGUGACUAAUCCUGGUGUCAAGUAUGAGUACAUCAUCCAAAAAGAUGGUCUUGACAACAAUGUGGAGCAGCUAGUGUAUUUCUGGCAGUUUGGCCGCUGGACAGAGUGCAGUGUAACGUGUGGAACAGGCAUCCGUCGCCAGACUGCUCAUUGUGUGAAGAAGGGCCAAGGGAUGGUGAAAGCUACAUUCUGCAACCCGGAAACCCAGCCGAAUGGGAGACAGAAGAAGUGUUAUGAAAAAGAUUGUCCACCCAGGUGGUGGGCAGGGGAAUGGGAAGCAUGUUCAAAAUCAUGUGGACCUUACGGAGAGAAGAGGCGAACAGUGCUAUGCAUCCAGACCAUGGGCUCUGACGAGCAAGCUCUCCCAGCGACAGACUGCCAGCACCUACUGAAGCCCAAGGCCCUCAGCUCCUGCAACAGAGAUAUCCUGUGUCCAUCAGACUGGACAGUGGGCAACUGGAGUGAGUGUUCCGUUUCCUGUGGUGGUGGAGUGAGAAUUCGCAGUGUCGUGUGUACCAAGAACCAUGGUGAGCCUUGUGACAAGACAAAGAAACCAAAUAGCAGAGCUCUGUGUGGCCUUCAGCAGUGCCCAUCAAGCCGGAGGGUUCUGAAGCCCAACAAAGCCACAACGCCCAGCGGGAAAAAUCUACCAACAUCUGAGCAAGACCCCUUAAGCCCCACCCCUUCACCUUCAUCCCAGCCCACACUACUGUACAGGCCCACAGUGCCUGAGACUCUGAGCACAAGCCCUCCAGCAAUCAGCAGCACCAGCCCCACCACAGCUUCCACAGAGGGAGACUUGGAUGGGGAAUGGUGGCAAAACAGUUCAAGCCAAACUGAACUGGACUCCCACUAUCUCAUUUCUACUGGAAGCACUUCUCAGCCCCUCCUCACUUCCUGGUCUUCAGGUAUCCAGACCAGUGAUGAAAAUGGUGCUAAUUCAGAUAGGAGUAUUACCUCAGAUGGCGACAUGGUAGCUACAACAAGUGGUCUUGACUUGUCAUCUUCCAGCAAUCCUGUGACUUGGCAGAUGACUCCAUUCUAUAAUACCUUGGCAAAAGAUCCAGAAAUGGAGAUUCAUAGUGGCUCAGGGGAAGGGAGUGAACAGGCUGAGAAGAAAGAGGAAAGCAACUCUGUAAUAUGGAACAAGAUGAGAGUGCCUGGAAAUGAUGCAUCAGGGGAAAGAAGUACAGAAAUCCCACUUGGACCUCCACCGACACCUCCGGAUGGGGAUGCGUCAUUGUCGUAUCCUUUCAGCACAGUGAUGAAAGGCAUAUUACCUAAUCAAGUGCCCAGUACCUUUAAAGAUGCAACACCCAAAACUGAAAUAAUGGUUACUGAAAAGCCAUAUAACACUCCAUUUCCUGCUGAAGAACAGCAUCAGCCAACACCCUCAGGAAUGUCAGUAAAUCAUGACCACCUAGAACUUCCAAACAUGAACCAAACACAGAGCUCUGGACCAGUUCUGACUGAAGAAGAUGCAACCAUUCUGAUUGCUGAAGGCUUUUUGCUGAAUGCCUCUGAUUAUAAGCAACUUGCUAAGGACCACAGUCAGGCACACUGGAUUGUUGGAAACUGGAGUGAGUGCUCCACCACGUGCGGGCUGGGCGCCUACUGGAGAAGCGUGACGUGCAGCACGCAGGUGGAAGCCGACUGCGCCACCUUGCAGAGGCCCGACCCUGCCAAGAAAUGCCACCUCCGCCCAUGCGCCGGCUGGCAAGUGGGAAACUGGAGCAAGUGCUCCAGAAACUGCAGUGGGGGCUUUAAGGUCCGAGAGAUUCGGUGCGUGGACAGCUGGGACCAUCGCCGAAGCCUGAGGCCAUUUCACUGCCAGUUCCUCGCCGGCCUUCCGCCCCCUUUGAGCAUGAGCUGCAACCCUGAGCCCUGUGAAGAGUGGCAGGUGGAGCCCUGGAGCCAGUGUUCCAGGUCCUGUGGAGGCGGAGUUCAAGAGAGAGGGGUGUCUUGUCCAGGAGGCCUGUGUGACUGGACGAAGAGGCCCCCACCCACUCUGCCCUGCAACAGGCACAGCUGCUGUCACUGGGCCACCGGGAGCUGGGACUUGUGCACCAUGACCUGUGGAGGUGGACUUCAGAAGAGGACUGUCCAUUGUGUCCCCUCAGAGAACAACACAACUGAAAAGCAAGGUCACUGCCUGUGUGAUCAUGAACCAAGACCUCCAGAAUUCCAAAACUGCAACCAACAAGCCUGCAAAAAGAGUGCUGACAUACUCUGUGCCAAGGACAGACUAUCAGCCAGCUUCUGCCAGACCCUAAAGACCAUGAAGAGAUGUUCCAUGCCCACUGUGAGGGCGCAGUGUUGUUUUACGUGUCCGCAGACACACACAGUCCUCGCCCAAAGGCUAAGAAGGCAGCAGCUGCUCAAGAAGCCCAAGCCACUGUGAGUCCGGGAGGAAGCCACCCCCAUCACCUGCUGCAGAGCUGCUGACCAGGAUGCUUUAGCCCUGCAGGCCGAUCCACAAAAGUUUGCUUUACACAUUUCAGGCCUAAACCAACUGCACUGUGUUCCUCUAGUCACAAAGUGUCCCUCACGGCAGGCCUGGGACUAUUAUCCUUGCUGCUCCCUGAUAAGAAGGGCAAAUGUUCUGAAGAGUUCCCUAUCGGCGGUGCUGAGCUCCCGGGAAAGGUGCCAGGUUAGGCAGGUCUGUGAAAGGAUGCCUUCUGUCCUCCUUACGGAUGAAAGCCAAGAGAUCAGACUUUUCCCGGACUACCUCAAGAGUUUCAGGAAACAGAGCCUUAAUUACCCAGGGAACAAAUAAUCUUUUUAAUUUACCUUAAUAAUGCAUUUAUUUCCCACCUGCCUGGGGCAGCUGCUGUUUAAAAUGCCAUGGGAGAGUUUGAGAAACAUUCAUUAAAUUCAUCUGGGCAGAGGACAGCUUUCUUUACCCCUUUUCCCUGAGGACAGGAAGAGCAGGUGCUGAUUAAAUCUUUCAGUCUCCUCCCAGAUUCCUGCAGGACUCCACGGGGCCUUAGUUUGUAUGAAAUUCUGUAUGCAUGACCAGGCUUGUAGCCCGGCACCCUUAGACCAGGCUUAGUGAAUCAGAGACACAUGCCAAAAGUACAGCCAAAGCCCAGUUACUGAUCCCAAAGUGCCAAUACUGCAAAUAAAUCUGAGUACUGAAGUUUUAGUUUAGGAAAAACAGCUCAAACAUUCGUGUCUUUUGUCUUAAAAGUAAAACACCAGUGCCAAGGGUUCGCCACCACUGAUCUGGACAAAGAGGAUGCAAGCGUUAGCUGGAGCCUAAGGCAUGCAGGCUAGUUACGCAGAAAACAUUUUCCAAAACUCCAAAGGACAAUUCCAAAUGUCUUAAUUAGCAGGUGAAUGGAGAUCAAUUUCUAGCUAACAACCCAAAAGAAGUGCAGAUCUUUGUCUUUUUCAUUUUCCUGGCACAGAUUUAUUCCUUCAAGAAAAAUAAAUUUCCCUUUACACACACACACACACACACACACACACACACACACACACACACACAGCCCUGCCUGCGUCUCCUGAACCCAGCUCCUGCCAUCCUCUUGUAGCAGGCAGCUUGUACACAGGGGCGGCUGUCAACCGGGCUACGGCUGCCACCUGCCCUCACCUCCUGCCAGUUAGAAACUCUUUUAAAAACCAGGUAAAUUGUACCAAGUACAAGAACUUCAUAAGACUGAUAGCUUAAAGAGAGAGACAGAGGGAAAAAGGUACUCUAAAAAGUGGGAUUAAAAAGUCAGCCAAGGUGGUGCGUGGCCGUCAUCAUAGCGUUCAGGAGGCUAAGACAGGAGGACUCCAAGUUCAAGGCUAGCCUGGACUAGAAAGUAACACCCUGUCUCCAAAACACAAAAAUAGUGAUGUAAAAAAUUAUCUACUCCUCUAUAUACCCAUUAGUUACAUUUAAAACCCUUUUAGUGCGGGGGAUGUGCCUCUGUAGUAUAGUGCAUGACUGCCUUGUGCGAAGCUCUGAGUUAAGUAUAUAUA